CACCCCCACUUUAUAAUAAAGCAAAAGCUAAGAAUAAAAAAGAAUACUAAAUAAAUGAAAGAAGAAUGAAAAGGGAAGCAAAGCUCCCAAACCCCACCCUGUAUAUAAAAAUUCUUUCCAAGUUUCUUCACCCUCAUCUGAGAAAGCAAACAAAGGGACCAAGGCACUGUUGGUAAAGCUUUUAACAAACCCCUCUUUGGUUGGGUGUUUAAACAAGGAAACUCACCGAAGUGAAAGGGUUCAAAACAAAAGGAAAAGAAGAGAGAAAGCAACUAUUUUUUUCCUUCUUGUGCGUGUGGGGAACUUAUUUUUGAUGGAUCAGAGGCAUAUCAAAUUGAACUAAAGUUUUGUUGUUGUUGUUGUUGUUUUUUUUUUUUUGCAACAAAUGAUGGCAGGAAACCCUAGCUGGUGGAGCAUGCAUUUGCAUCCACCUUCUCAACACCCUUCAACUUUGUUAGUUACACCAUCCCCAUCCCUUUUCCCUCAAUAUGUUGUUGAAUAUUCAGCUACUUCUUUGCCUGAUAACCAAGAGCUUCCUCAGUCAUGUAGCCAACUACUCUUUGGUGGAUUCUCCGGCGAAGAAGAAAGGUUAUGUCCAAGUAAUUUCCAGCCAAAAAAGUUGGAAAAUUGGGAAAACCAAAUCCUGAAUCCAUCUCUGAGGGUUCCCGUAGUUGAAGUUAUAAAGCAAGAGGUUACUCAACAACAUAGCAACUUGUACGGUCAUCAUCAUGCCAGUGAAGAAUUUCAAGCACCUAGGCUUCCAGUUCCACCAGCUGCUUGGUCUCAAAUCAUGGGAACUGCAGUUUCAUCCCCCAGCCCCAGGUCCUGUAUCACCACUUCAAGCAGUAAUAUGUUAGACUUCACUUAUAACAAGGCCACAGAUGGGUCUAUCUCUAAUAUUCAACCACCCGUGGACCAUUCUUCUGAGUGUAAUAGCAAAGGCAGUGGUGGGGUGUACAAGAAAGCUAGGGUUCAGACGUCUUCAAGCCAACCACCUUUGAAAGUGAGAAAGGAGAAGCUUGGAGAUAGAAUAACAGCACUUCACCAGUUAGUUUCCCCAUUUGGAAAGACUGACACAGCAUCUGUGUUGUUAGAAGCUAUUGGUUAUAUCAGAUUCCUUCAAAGUCAAAUUGAGGCUCUUAGCUCCCCUUACUUGGGUACUGCAUCACCAAACAUGAGAAACCAACAAUCUGUUCAAGGAGAAAGGAAUUGUGCAUUUCUUGAAGAUGAAGGACAGGAAAAGCAAGAGCCUAAGCCAAAGGACUUAAGGAGUAGAGGGCUGUGCUUGGUUCCUGUAUCAUGCACCCAACAAGUCGGAAGUGACAAUGGUGCCGACUACUGGUCGCCGGCUUUCGAUCUAUUUUGUAAGUAUCUAUGCUGUCUUCAUGGGCUGUGAUGGAUAAAAGUCGAUGUUCGCCGCCACUUAACCUCCACUGACCACCAGUAGUUUCUUUUAUAAGGUGGGUUGGUCAUUAAUACUUCAAUGAUGACCCUUUGUUGACUUCUUGAUACGUUUCUAUUUUGAGAGUAUUGAGGAAUAAUAAAUGACUUCAUGAGUUAAUUUGGAGCCGUGUUGUCUUAAGUUUUAUGUGUUUUUUGUUAUUUUGUAUUGUUUAAUAAGUUUUCAUUUUUUCUUAUGAAAUUUGUGGAAUUUGUUGUCUUGUCUUGUACAAGUUAUAGUCUUUGUUUUGCAA